AACAUGGCCGUCGACGUUGUCAUACACUUACUGACUUAGUCACUUAGUCUUAGCAGAUGAUCUAGAUCUAGAAUCUAGAUUGAAUAUGAUUUAUGGUUAUGUAGAUAGGCCUGUACAUCUAGAUCUAGGCCUAUAAUCUAGAUAUAACUUAAAAUCUGAUACAUUUUACAACAAAGAAGAAAAGUAUUUAUAAAGUAUGGCACGCAGUGUAGCCUGGAGAAGAACAGUGAGUGAUGCUUGUUGUUGGCAUCAGACUCAAGCUUUAGAGUCAACUCUUUACAUUUUACGACAGACUGGACCAACAGGAUUUCUGCUAAAAGAAGAAGGGGAGACUAAAAAUGUCAAGGUAUUUCUUGGAGAUCCACAUUCUUGUACAUGCUCAGUUUUUAGGAAAGAGAAGGAUCUUUGCAAACAUAUUUGUUGGCUACUUCUUCGUAAAUUCCGCUUGUCAGCCAAUGAUCCUUUGUCAUGGCAGCUUGGUCUUGUUGAAAGAGAAUUAAAUGAAGUUCUUCAAGGGCGUAACACAGCAGCUCGACAGGUAGAAACAAAACAAAAACCAAAUGAUCACAAAGACGUUCAGACAUCUGAUGGAAGAGCCAUUGUUGAACAAAGAGACAUUGCUCCAGAAGAUGUAUGUCCCAUUUGUCAAGAAGAACUUUUAGUCAAGAAACAUCCAGUUACAUUUUGCAAAUUUGGGUGUGGAAACAGCAUCCAUAUAAAAUGUAUGCAAGUGUGGGCUGAGCAUCAGCAGAAAUCCUCUCAAGAUGGAGUCAUCAAAUGUCCAAUGUGUAGAGAAGACUUUGGACCUCUAGAUUUAUUGAAAACAGAAAUGAGAAAUGCAGGCUGCAGUAAACCACCAGCUCCAGGUCUUCGUUUGGACAGACAUGUUGGAAUAGCUUGUGGUCACUGUAACAUGGCCCCUAUAGAAGGAAAGUGUUACAGAUGCUCAGUUUGUCCCACUUACUAUAUGUGCCAGAGAUGUUUUAAUUUACCAGUUCAUACAAACCAUGCAUUUCAAUUUAGACAAAAAUGUAAUCAAAAAUGGAAGUCAGCACUAAGAACUUUGGGUAGCAGUCUUCCACCUGCAAUAGUAAAUGAUUUAGUUCACAGGGAGAUAACUGAAAAUGAUUAUGACAUGCUUCUACAGCUAGAGAGAAACAGUGAAAAUACAGAACUGAGCAAUUUAACUGAAGAGACUAUACAAGCACUGCCUCUUGAAAAAGUAAGAGAAGGUGGCCCUCUCCUGGCUUUAGGUUCACAGUGUCGUGUUUGUCUUCGAGGUUUUUCCUUAGGGCAGUUAGUUCGCAGACUUCCAUGUAAACACAAGUUUCAUAAAGAUUGUAUAGAUUCUUGGUUACUUCACUCGCACCCUACUUGCCCCAUUGAUGGUCUGUCAGCUGCACCCAUUGUUAAUACUGAAAGAUUAAAACCUAGAGUGAAAAAUUUAAAGAACGACAUUCACAUCUCAGAAAAUAAUUCUGAAGACAUGCAUGGUGUACUUUCCACUAACCAAACUGGACUAGUUCUAACAGCAUUUGGUAUUCCACUAGCUGCAUCCAGAGUUUCUGAAACCUCUGCUAACAGUAGAUUGAAGGUUCAAAGAAAUAAUGCUACGAAGUAUCAACUCACUCCUUCACUUAAUUCCAAUGUACAGCUCCAGCUUUUAGGCCAACAAUUUACAUCUCCUAGCAGUUUAGUUGGCCACAACAGAAACAGUUUAUUGAGGGAGACAUCUACUUCCAAUCAACAGAGAGUGACUGCCAAACACAAAACUAAUUCUGAAGGUCUUAGAGAACAAGUUGGUUAUUUUAAUUCAGAAAUCAACUUAAAUGAACAGCUAACAGGACAACAUUUAAUUAACCUUCUCCAGAAUCAUUCAGCAGGAAGUACUUAUAGAGUCUCAGAGCUUCGUAGACUUUCUGCUAGCUCUAUGGCAUCAGUUGAAUCAGAUACUAGAGAAGGCCGUGGUCAGUUGAGGUCACUGAAGAGACGACCUCGAAGUAUUGAACGACAAGGACCUUCCAUUCGGGAUGUCAGGCGGGUACAAGGUGAACUUUACUUGGGUAACAAUCCGCUCCUGCAGCCCCCCAUCACUGAGAACCUAGCUGUUCGCAAACCUCCUCUGCCUGACAAAACCAGGAGCCGCCUAUUCAAACCAACUCUAUGGAAGCGCCUCCCACCUCUGAACACAAGCCUGGCCCACGCUCAAGCAGACAUGAAACUAGAAGGUAGCGCCUUGGACAAUUCUUCAGUUGAACUCUCAGACAUACAUGAGGAUUAAACGAAUGUCAGCUAGAUCUAUUAUGCUUAACGUCAGAUAGCUAGAUCUAUUAUGCUUAACAUCAGAUAGCUAGAUCUAUUAUGCUUAACGUCAGAUAGAUAUUAUGCUUGCAGUGAAUCUUAAUGUAGAAAUAGCUCGGAGGUAUAAUAUUUAUUAUGUCAAGCUUGCAAUGUUCUUUUGUUUUUUUAACAAUAGAAACCUUUUCUUUUCAUUAGAAGCUAUUGCUGACAUGGCAUAAAUAAUGAGGUUAUAUUGUUUCACCAAGUUAUGAAAUGCUAAAGUCAAACAUUUUAGUUCUGUCAAGGUCAGUGGAAUCUUAUUCUCGUCCAAAUGUAAUUCUUCAUACGUGAAGUCUGUUAUUUCAAUUAGAACCCUAACAAACGACAUCUCUUUGUUGUUGUUUUUUCUUUAAUUUGUCUAGUGUGUGUGUGUGUGUAGGAGAAUAUGUAUUGGUGUGUAUAUGUGCGGUAAUUAUUUAGUAUCCAUGUUUAUUUUCAUGUAAAUUUCAUUUUUAUUAUGCCAUUAAAAUGUUUCGCAUCUCA